UUCUCCAAGUGGGUGGCCCUAGAGAUAUUUUUAAUGAAACUUUUUCUGAGCUUCGGGAAGCCUGAUCCGCGGCUGUUAGCUGUCCCCCGGGGAGGAGAGCGGACUGCAGGGGGACCUCAUCCCCAAGGGCAGAUGUGCUCCUUUCUGCAUGAUUUUAGCAUAGCAGCGUGUUCCUGGCUGACUGCGGGAGGAUGAGACCCGAAGAUGUGAUGGCUCAAAGUCUGGGGUUAAAACUGGCUCUGCGCCAGGCUGGAUGCUGCAGGUUGGAGAUAUGGGAGCUCUCCGAAGCAUGAUUCAGCACAGGGGGCUGGCUUCACCCACCGUCACCCUGGGCAUUUCUCUUCCAGUGAACUGCCCAGGAAGGAUUUUGAUGUGUCAGGAGUCCCCCCCUUUUUUUGUGCAUUUUUCCUUGUCUGGUGACUGAUCCGAGACCCCGAGUCAGGCUUCCCGGGGAGACGCUGCAGCCUGCGCUGGGUGCUUAGCCUGGAGUCAGUGCUGGGAGAGCUCACUGGUCGCAGAGCUCCGGCUGGUGCCGCUUCCCUGGGUGGGAAGCGCAGCUGGUCCUGCGUGGGCCGGGCAUGGCAGAGAAGAGUUUAGCGGCGGAGGCCGAGAAUCCGGAGCAGCAGCAAGCGAAGGAGGAGGAGGGAGCUGCUGAAACACAGCAGCAAGAGGCUUCUUCAGAGGAGGCGGCUCAGCAGGUGUCAGAGGGCCAGACCCCAUCGGGGCAGAAGCAGAAGACCUCCAACAGCGAUACGCCCACGCACGAGGAGCAGGGCAAGAAGGAGCGCCGCACCUCGGAGGGCCGGGGCCUGUCCCGCCUGCUUUCGUCCUUCCUCAGGAGGCCCAAGUCUCAGGUGUCUGAAGAGGACAAAGACGCUGAUGGCCCUAAGGAGGGGGAAGGUGAGCAGAAAGAGCCAGGAUUAGGAGCCAGUCCUGAUGAAGAGAUCCUGGUGAAGGCCCCAAUUGCAGCUCCUGAGCCCGAGCUCAAAACCGAUCCGUCGCUAGAUCUCCAUUCGUUAAGCAGUGCGGAAACGCAGCCUGCUCACGAGGACAGGAGGGACGACCAGGACCUGGACAACAGAGACGCUGAGGGCAAGGAGGAAGGUGAAGUGAAGGAAGAGUGCUCCAAGCCAGAGCUGAAAAAGGAGACUCCCGAGACAAAAGCAGACAAGGAUUUGAAAGCUACCCAGAGGGCAGUAAAAAGACACAGAAACAUGUACUGCAAAGUUGUCUUGCUGGAUGACACCAUUUUUGAGUGUGCCAUGGAUAAACAUGCCAAAGGGCAGGAUCUACUUAAAAAAGUCUGUGACCACCUCAAUCUCCUGGAAGAAGACUACUUCGGCUUGGCCAUAUGGGACACGCCAACCUCUAGGACGUGGCUGGAUCCUGCCAAAGAAAUAAAAAAGCAAGUUCAUGGAGGCCCCUGGGAUUUUACCUUCAAUGUCAAGUUUUAUCCACCAGAUCCCGCCCAGCUGACAGAGGAUAUAACGAGGUAUUACUUGUGUCUUCAGCUUAGACAAGACAUCAUUAAGGGGCGGCUGCCUUGCUCCUUUGCGACUUUGGCUCUGCUGGGCUCUUACACAGUCCAGUCUGAGCUGGGAGACUAUGAUCCAGAUCUACACAGCGCAGAUUACAUCACUGAAUUUAAAUUGGCCCCAAACCAGACUAAAGAACUUGAGGAGAAGGUUAUGGAGCUUCACAGAACGUACAGAUCGAUGACUCCAGCCCAAGCAGACCUGGAAUUUCUUGAGAAUGCAAAAAAGCUGUCUAUGUAUGGAGUUGACCUUCACCAAGCCAAGGACUUGGAAGGAGUGGAUAUCACUCUGGGAGUCUGCUCCAGUGGCCUUCUUGUUUACAAAGAUAAGCUGAGAAUCAACCGCUUCCCUUGGCCCAAAGUCCUGAAGAUUUCCUACAAACGCAGCAGCUUCUUUAUUAAGAUUCGGCCAGGGGAGCAAGAACAAUAUGAAAGUACAAUUGGGUUCAAGCUACCAAGUUACCGGGCAGCGAAGAAGCUGUGGAAAGUGUGUGUUGAACAUCACACGUUUUUCAGGCUGACUUCCACCGAGGCGAUCCCGAAGAGCAGGUUCCUGGCGCUGGGCUCCAAGUUCCGCUACAGCGGGCGGACGCAGGCGCAGACGAGGCAGGCGAGCGCCCUGAUCGACAGGCCGGCUCCGCAGUUCGAGCGCACGGCGAGCAAGCGCGCCUCCAGGAGCCUCGACGGAGCUAAACGUGCGACUCAAAAAGUUGAGUUCAGAGCCGUAGAGGAAGAGAAGCAGGAGGAGGUGGUGGUGGUUGAGGUUCCCGAAUCAAAACCUGUGGAUCAGUCCCAAGAGAAGCCAGCCAAACACAUUCUUGAAAGUUUUGAAUUGAAACCCAUUGCAGAGGAGGAAGAGGAAGAGGAGAAGGUAGAGGUGGUUAAGGUUCCCGUUGCCGAGCCAACGUUACUGGAACCGUUGCAGAAGCAGUCAGCCAAACGUGCUCUUGACAAUGUUGAGAUAAGCCCACUAGAAGAAGAGGAGGCAGAGGAAGAAAAAUUGAUGGUGAUGAGAGGAGUAGAAGCGGUCCUAAAGGAGCCAGCCGUGGCGGUGAUAACGCCCGAGAGGAGCCCCCGGCCCACCUCGGCCCCCGCCAUCGCCCAGAGCCACGGCGCCGAAGCGGCGCCGGCCAAGCCCGAGGAGCCGCUCGCCGCCUCCAAAGCCGAAAGGGAAGGGGCGAAAACGGAAACGAAGCGCGAAGAGAUCCCGACGGAGAAAGCCAAGCCGGAGCCGGCCGAGGCGGCCAAGGUGGGGAAAACGCACACUGAGGUCACAGUACCCACUACGAAUGGUGACCAGCCCCAGCAGCAGCCUGCAGAGAAAGAGGAAGAACUGAUAAGAAUGAGGAAGAAAAGAUCAAAGAGGCUAGAUGGUGAAAACAUUUAUAUCAGGCAUAGCAAUUUAAUGUUGGAGGAUCUAGAUAAGCCCCAAGAAGAAAUAAAGAAACAUCACGCCAACAUCAGCGAGCUGAAGAAGAACUUCAUGGAGUCCGUCCCCGAGCCGCGGCCGAGCGAAUGGGACAAGCGUUUGUCCGCCCACUCCCCCUUCCGCACCCUGAACGUCAACGGGCAGAUUCCCACGGGAGCGGAUGGAGUCAAGAAAGUCACUGUCCUAUCUUCUGAGAGACAGAAUAUGAGUGACUUUCUCUCCAAAGAGGAUGUGGCUGCAGUGCCAGAGAGGAAAAAUGUUAACUCUGCCUUUGAAUGGGAGGGCCCAAAGCAGUCAGUAGCUUUUAGUGAGACCCAAAUGUCACCUGCCUCAGAGCCUGCUCCAAGUCGUGACUUUGGCGCGUCCUCCGUAAGCAGCGAGGAGGAGGCGGCUGCUUCCAGCCUCCCCGAGAGCGCGGAGGACCCGAGAUGGGACAAGGGGGGUUGCGCAGCUGCGCAGAAGCAGGCGGCCGACUCGGAGCGCUCUGAGCCGGAGCCGCCGGUAACGCCCGCAGCGCCUGCGCCGCGGCCCCGGGCGAGCGAGGAGGUGGCGGAGGCUGGCGACGACGCAUUGGCACGAGAACCUUUUAGAAAGCUAAAUGGAGGGUGUCACGGCUCGAAGGUUAAUAACGGGCUUCCAGCGGUCAUUCGCUGCUUCCAGCCACCUCUGGUGAAGACACAGACAGUCACCAUCUCGGACGUGUCCAAUGCUGUGAAAAGUGAAAUCCCAACGAAAGAAGUUCCCAUCGUUCACACGGAAACUAAGACCAUCACCUAUGAAGCUGCACAGACGGAUGGCGGCAACGGAGACCUAGAGCCCGGCAUCCUGCUGACUGCUCAGACCAUCACUUCCGAAACCACAAGCAGCACCACCACCACGCAGAUCACCAAGACUGUAAAAGGUGGCAUUUCAGAGACACGGAUUGAAAAGAGGAUUGUCAUCACAGGAGAUGCAGAUGUAGACCACGACCAGGAAGUGUUCCUUCCAGACAGAGCACGGGGGAAAAGAAACCCAGCAAAACUACAAAGAAACUACCUGGAGCACAGAGACCUCAGAUUUACCGGACUUACACUCAGAAACUGAACAUUCAUAUCAUCUAGUAGGAGUUGCGCUUUGACAUUUUACUUGGGAUUUUCCAGUAUCCAGUGGAUCUUAUUGAAUAUAGGGUUUUUUUGAUUGUUUUUUUAUAUAUAUAUUGUGACAAACAAUAUGCCAUAUUUCUAACUGUACUGAACAUUUUUUACAGGUUUUCAAUUUUGCAUUCCCUCUCACGCAAUAGCCUCUUCGGCUACAAGCCCAACCACAACUCGCAGGGCUCAAGGGUUGGGUUUUUUUUGUUUUUUAUUUUUCUUUUUAAAAAGUGUUUCCCCCUCGGCCUUGUCGGGCGUAAUGGAGAUAAGCCACAUGAGUGCAUACUCUGAGAGCAGACUUUGUACACAAAAAGCUACCGCUGGGUCCUUCUGCCAGAAGAGACAGUUUUAAAAAGGUCAGACUUCAGUUUGUGCAGCCUUUCAGAUUGCUUUUUAGGAAGUUGGUGACUCUCACCGCGAUACCCGGGCGUGCAGAGCACAGCUUCUGCCUUUAGUCUGAAUCUCUUCGCCGUUGUGGGUUUCGGAUCGGCGCUGUUUGAACACAGUAGGUUUGGGUGGUGUAAGCGUGUACCCACAUCUUAAUAGUUGGCUAGGUUUAAGGAAUGCUGGAAGUUGCUUCGAGCACCUGAUACUGUGAAUUGUAGAGCUUUGAGAGAGCUGCGAUAGGCCCCUCGCCUUUCUCCUGCGUGGCUCUGCCGAACGCUACCUACCUGUUUGUGUUUUCUAGAUGCCAUUAAAUUAAAACGCCCUUAGAAGUGUGUGUUUAAGGUGUGUUGACUCUGAAUGCUAUUAAGGUAGGCUUAUGCAGCAUUCACAGUAACCGAUUUUUUUCAAUGUCAUAGUUUUUCCACUUAUUUGUGUUCUUGAUUUUUAAAUAAGGCUUUUUAAGUCACUUUUUUUCUCCCCCUCCUCCUCCCAGUGCUGUUUAAAGCUGAGCACCUUACCCGUAUCAGGACGAAGGUGUUGUAUCCGACCCCGAUUUAGUUUAAAACCCUUCAGACGAUCCUUCUCGGCCUGUCGGCUCUGUUUGGGGAGGCUGGACGGGGCCCCGCGGGAGGUGGCGGGUUUUGCUUGCCGUAGCGAGGCUCCCGCGCUCGUUUUUGGGGCCCCCCCGUCGGCGAUGUGGCCGCCGGGGCUGGAGCGGCUGCGGCGUCCGGCUCGGCUUACGGACCGCGGAAAGACGCCGUUUUAAAGGAGCGCGCGACGCGUGCUUGCAGGCACCGGCGUCGCUGCGGUUGCACGACUCACGGCCGCCCCGUGCGAUCGCUUCGGGAGCUUCCUUCGAGCGGCGCCGUCGGCUGGGCGGGGAGGACCGCGCGGCUGCCCCAUUUCGCCCGGCCGCGUUGCGGCUCCGCCGCCCGUCUGCCCGGACACUUGCGAGCGGCAACGGGAGGAGUUUUCCGCGGUUUGAGAUUCGAACCGCGCGUUGCAGAGGCCGCGGGGUGUAGCUCGGGCUGCGAUGACUUGCUGUUUCACCAAAAACAGCCUUUGGCCUCCACCGGGGCUCGUGCCGCCUCUCGAAUCGAGGCCGCUCCGGGGCCUUAGCGUAGAGGUUAAGUCUUCCCGUUUACGUCCGAACAGCCCUUUCCUUCCUUUGGCAGAUCCGUGAGCGGGUCGGGGACGCCGCUCGCCGUCUUUGCCCUCGUCGGGUAACGUUGCCUUAGCCGGCCGUCGCGCUGGGCGGCCGCCCGGCCGCGUCCCUCCCGCCUCCGGGCGUCCUGCUUUCCGCCGCUUAGUCCUUCCUCGCGCUCUCGCCCCGCAGCAGGUAACUCCUCCAGAAAGGGGUGGUCGUUCGAGAGGAUUUUCUUAGCUUUACCAGAAAAAAAAAAAAAAAAAAAGAGGUGGUAAUUUAAGUUUCUCCGUAGCGCUGGAGGGCGCUUGGCGGCCGCGAGGUGCCGGGAGCGCGGCGCCAGGCCGCAGCGCGGUCCCCUGGGUGCCGUUGGGUGUCCCGGGGGCUGAGUGCGUCCAAAGGCGCCCCGAAUCCCGAGCGACGGGCGCGUGAACUUCACGUAGGGCUCGAAAAGCUGUUGGCCUGCGAGGUGGUUCCUUUCCGGACGGGCCGCGGGAGCCCUCCCCGUCUUGAGGGCCCACGGAGCAGAGUAACCUUAAUACAUUUGUAUAGGUAUUUAUUCCAUUUAUUUUAUUUGGGCUGGAUUUGGGGCGGCUGUGUCCAGGCUGUUCGCUCACACCUUUCCCCUCGGUUACAUUUUAAGUUCUUGCUUUUCUUUCAAAUGCCUCGGAGCCCGCGCGUGCUCCCCGGCGCAACUCCUCGCCGUCCUGCGGCUUCCCGCGACGCCCCUGCCCGAGCCCGCGGGGCGUCCGGAGCCUCUCCGGCGGAGCCGGAAAAAACCACGGCGGCGGCCCGGGAAGAAGGGACGGGGAGCUCUGCGCGGCGGCACCGGCCCCCCGAAAACCGUAAGGAGCUUCCGGCGUCCUCCCCCGGCGCCGCGGGGCUCUGCCAGACUCGGCUCCUAGCGCGGUACCUGCUCCUGGAGACGGAGCGGCUCCGUAAGGUCUGUUUCUGUGAACGUUCCCGGCUCUUCCCAGUCCGCAAAUUCACCUAGAGACUGUCUCGCUUGUAUAAUACACAUUAUAUGGAAGCUAUUUAUAUAUGAAUGUUUUUAUAGAGAGGAAGGCAAGGAGCCCGUGACCUGCUCUCGUCCCUUCGACCGGAUCGGCGGCGCCGGUUGCCAAACUGCCGUCUCCGAACGGCACAGCUGCGUCAGCGAAGGACUGACUGAUUUCUGGGUUUAAUACACUGUGGUUUGCUGAUUUCCUAAUUGUACAAUUACCCUAAGAGGUGGUAGAGUCCCCGAGCUUAGAGAUUAACCUUGUUAAAAAAGAAAAAAAAAAAUUUUUUUAGUUGAGAAUAUGAAGGAGCUUUGUAAAAUUUUUUAAGGCAAUUGUGAAUUGUCUAGGCUAGCUGUUUACAUUCUUUAUAAAAAUAGGGACUUUUUAAAAAAAAAGAAAGGCAAAUCUUUAUAGACUGAUUAGUUAAAGUGGCGGGAGCUGAUAUUUUGGACUUUCAUAGUAAAUCAAAGGGAAAGUUGCUGUAGCAUUUAGGCAGCUGUUAAGUGUUCAGUAUUGCUUCUUGUAUUGCAUUUUUUCCAAUAAAUUUUCAAACAAAACCGUC